CACUGAGCUUGGAGUUUUCGUUUACAAAUGGCAAGGACUGGGAUGGGCCUUACAAGUUGAACGUGGCGGUGCCACCCAAGUUUCGGAACAAGCCUUCAAGUUUCUUCAGCGAGGGACUGGCAGCCGAACUGUCCAAGGAUGGAGCCUGUGACAAUGCCAUCUACCCAGAGGCAGUGCUGGUGAUGGACAGAUGCCCUCUACCGCCAUACAAUCCAGAGGGGUGGAAGUGUGACUUGGAUCUCAACCCGGGCUGUACAGACAAAGAGAACCCAUUCUACGACCCGCUCGCCACCGUAGACGACGGGACGUGCCCAUACGUGGAAGAACAAGUUGAAAAUGAGAAUUAACUGUGUAACAAGGGUUUUGCUAGGGUCUAAGGCCAGAUGCUCUUUGUGAGGCGAUGUCCAGCGGCGACGAGGAAUGGGUGUGCGAGGCUGCUGCGGCGGUGGAGCUCCUCAUCGUCCGAGGGAGAGGAUGACAUCUUCGAGGACCGCAUGAACAUCAAGGUAAGCGAGGAUAAAUGUAGCUAUGGCGUGCGAAAGAUCAAGGAGUGGAUCAAGGCAAGGGAGCUGGACAACACGUACCGUGUGCGCCGGAUCGUGGAUCCGCUGGUUCACACGGGCAUGUACAUAGAGUUCCCCCACCUGAUAAGCAUGUCGGUGGAGACGCACCCGAUGGUGUGCACCUCCGACUUUGCCGAGACGGCCUUGAUGCCGACGCUGGAGACGGUGGAGGACCCGAGUUACACCAAGGAGCUGGAGUCGCCCCGUCUCAUCCUGCUGGAGCCGCUGGGUUACAACGAGCGCGCGUUUUGCCUCAAGCACAAGGAGCCCAGCGAGCUCUUCGACCACAUCCUCAAGCUGCGCAAGCUGCUGCUCAAGGCCACCGCCCAGGACGGCAUCGUGGAGCUCCCCGGCGGCGAGACCAUCGACAUGAGAGCACCGUGGGCGAUCAAGGCGGACAAGGCCGAGCGCGCCAAAAGGGAGCAAGUGCCCAUCUACGUCAAGUCCGACUAUGGCCCAGCGUGAGUGCGAGUGACACUAUCGAUGGCGGAUGGAUCAUGGCAUUGCUUGCUCCUCCCAAGCUCUUUGCUUUGCACAGGAAAUGCCAUAUUCUUAUACUUGGACGA